CCGAGGGGCCACCCGGGCUGCGCCACGGCCGGGCCGAGCAGGGGCCGGCGGGCGGGGGGAGCCCCGCUGCCGUCAGCCGCCCCGAUCCCGGGACUGCGGCCGUGCGGAAAGUGCGGCCGCCAAUGCUCAGGCUGAGGCGGCGGCGCCGGGCGGGGCGGGCGGAGCCGCGGCCGCCAUGGGGCUGCUCAACUUCACCCGCGAGCCGGUGCCGGAGGCGGUGAGCGGAGACAUGCAGAACCUCAACCAGCUCAGCGCCCAGCAAUUCUCAGCACUGACGGAGCUGCUCUUCCGCUUCCUGGCAGAGCCCAAGGAGGUAGAAAGGUUUCUGACUCAGCUCUCAGACUUUGCUACCAUGAAUAAAAUCAGCUUGGGCCCCCUGAAAAACAUUGUCAAAAGUAUUCUUCUGGUACCCAACGGUGCCCUGAAGAGGAAUUUGUCUUCCGAACAAGUCAGAGCAGAUUUUAUUGCUCUAGGCCUCAGUGAAGAGAAAGCCAGUUAUUUUGCAGAACAGUGGAAGGUGAAUUCCCCCACCCUGACACGCCUGGCUGUUGGGCAGACGCUGAUGAUUAACCAGCUGAUAGAUAUGGAGUGGAAGUUUGGAGUGACUGCUGGGAGCAGUGAACUGGAAAAAGUGGGAAGUAUUUUCUUACAGCUGAAGCUGGUGAUUAAAAAAGGGACCCAAAUGGAAAACGUGUACAUAGAGUUAACUUUGCCCCAGUUCUACAGUUUUCUGCAUGAAAUGGAACGGGUCAAAACCAGUCUGGAAAGCUUCAGCUGAAACUGCACAGGCCUGACUUGACAUGUGUCCAGGAUGUUUAAUUUCUCGGUGUGGGGCUGCCGAUCUGCGCUUUCCCAGCUGACCAAUACCCUGAUAAGUGAAGACAACGCCAUGCAACCAGCAGUGGUGUCAUGGCCCAGAAGGACCCAUCAAUCCUGCAGAACCCCAAACAAGUGUUUCAAAGCAGCUGCAAAUCCAUUAAUCUAUUUUUCUUUUUACACUAUUAUGAGAAAUGGUCAGAAAUAUGUGGAUACUUGUAUUGAAAUCGCAAAGAAAUAAACCCAUUCCCGUCCUGCUCCAUUUA